CGCCUAGGGAACAUCCCCUUGCGGCUCUACGUCCUCCCUCUGUGACGUAGGCAAGAUGGCGCUGCCCUGUAAGACCGGUGCUGCGUUUAAGAAGUAUUUGUUGCUGCUGGCGCAAGAGAACUGCGAAUUUCGCCUGCCGGAAAUAAAGUCCCUCCUAUCCCUUUAUGGCGGACAUUUUAAUAAUCUUCAAGAUGAACAUGGAAAGUCACCUUUCUGUAUUCUUAACCUCCCUUCUGAAGAGAUGGCAAGAAAACUCAUGAAGAGGACAGUUUGUGCAAAAUCUGUUUUUGAGUUGUGGGGGCAUGGGAAAACAUUUAUGGAAUUUCAACAAUCCGUCCUAAGCUAUCCUUUGGAAAACAUGAUGUCGUACCUUCAGCCUAAUUCUACUUAUAAAAUAAUCAUUCAUUCAUUCAAUAAAACGCUGACACAGAAAGAAAAACUUGAGAAAAUUAAUACUAUGGAGUUUAUUCCUUUUCAAGGAAAAGUAAACUUGCAGAAUGCUGAGAACAUAUUUUACUUGCUAGAGGAUUAUGGUUCAGACCCAAACAAAGCACCCAACGAGCCUUUUGAAAUCUUCUUUGGCCGGUGGAUUGCAGAUGGUCAGCGGGAACUCAUUAAUUCGUACAGUGUCAAAAAGCGGCACUUUAUUGGAAACACAAGUAUGGAUGCUGGCCUCUCCUUCAUUAUGGCAAACCAUGCACGAGUGAAACCCAAUGACGUGGUAUUUGAUCCCUUUGUAGGAACUGGUGGCCUUCUGGUGUCGUCCGCUCAUUUUGGAGCCUAUGUUUGUGGUACUGAAAUUGAUUACAAUACAGUCCAUGGUUUGGCCCCAUAUGGAAUUCGAGAAUCCACAAGGAAAACAGGCACACAGAAAGAAAUCAUAAAAACAGAACUUUUUCCAGAAAGCCAUGUUCCUGUCCAGUUAAAUUACCACUUGAGUGAUAUUUUUUCGGAUCUGUUUGCUUUUGCAUCAGAGUUCUUGGUUACAGGGGGAAGACUGGUCUAUUGGCUUCCAGUGUACAGACCGGAAUAUACAGAAGAGGUUUUACCCAGGCAUCCCUGCCUGAAGCUUAUUAGCAACUGUGAACAGAUGCUAUCCAGCCACACGUCUCGCCGCCUGAUAACAAUGGAAAAGGUGAAGGAGUUUGAGGAAAAGUACCAAUAUGCCCAUCUAGGGGAAGGCCAGAAUUUGCCGUAUAAAGGUCAUAACUCCUUCCGUGAGAAAUAUUUCAGUGGCUUGAAAAAGAGAACCGCCAGAGAAGAAAGAGCCCGAAGUGAAAUGGCAAAUGCUGAAAAUGUAAAAUCCAAAGGAAAAGAAGAUGUCUGAUGACUACUGAAGAAACAUUGAAAGAUCUUAAAGAACUUUUUUUUUUUUACUUUUUUUUUUUUAACAGAGUGCAGUAUGGGAUUGGAGCUUCUCAUUUUGCAUUUAUGAAUUUUAUAAUAAAGAAACACACUGUCCCUUUACUCAUGGAGCUUGGUGGCUGCACCGAAUGAGGGAAGCAAUUGGUUCUUUAGAUACCUCAUUUUCUGUUUCAUGUACAGCCUGUUUUGUCAAAUGUAAUAUGAGAAAAAUUCUUGUGUUGCUGUGACUGCCUUGAGACAAAAUGGCUUAUAAAGUAAGGUAGUUUAUUGCCAACCUGUGUGUGACUUGGAGAUAAAAGCACAUAUGCUUUCUACAAUACAAGCAUAGUGCAAACAAAUGUAAACAAAGAUCCACUUUAGCCAAGCUUGGAAGGCUUUGUGCUAGAUUUGGGUUCCAGGUCCCAACCCCAGAGAUUAGGUAGUUGUCAAUCCCUACUAAAAAAUUAUAGUAGCUAAAUAAAUCCUUUGGAAUGCUGAUGCCUUCACUUACCUUCUCAGAGAGACUAGGUGUAGUAGCACAAAGCCCAUUAGAGGAAAGUUGGAGCAGUUUAAGUUGACUUUCAGUACAGCAGUUAACAAUAAAUUGCACAUUUAGAGCAUUGACUUCUUUUAAAAUGGAAAUCUACCCUAACUUCAGUUAUGAUUUAUUUAUUUAUUCUUAGUGAAUACUAAAUGAUGCACUGUAGGUUAUCGUAUGUACAGAAUAUUCAUUGCCUAGUAGAUUAGAGGUCGAGCUGCUGUAUUGCCCGUAGAUCUUGUAUUAUUUUUUGCAAAAAUUAUACCUUUUGCUGUGGCAAGCAAUAUGGCAGAUUCCAUCUCAUACCCUAUUUAUAUAAAAUGAAAAUAUGCAGACAAGGAACAUUCUUUCCAACACACAGACUUUAUACCUCCCUUUUGAAAUGAACUCCUGCAUAAUAGCUUCCAAAUGUUUGUUUCAGCAAAUGAUACAGGCAGACCUAUGAACCUAGGUUAUGGAUCUAUGUUCCCUACAUGGUUCAUGGUCUCCUUGUAACUUUGACUGGGUGUAAUGAGGUGUGUCUGGGGCAUUGCAGGGGUGUGGCUAAAAGAAUCACCUCUGGGUGGGUGACUUCUCUGUACAGGCUGUAGCAGUUAUACAACGUCUAAUUCCCACACGCUCUGCAAGCUUGAGAACAUGGGGACAAGUAGUUUUAAAAUGUUGGAGUGAUGUUCCUUAUACUUGGGCUGUACACUUUAGCAGUGCAUUAAAAGUAACAUUGGGCAAAUAGUGCAUAACAACUGUUUCCAUCAAGCUUUGGAAUCUGUUUUCUUAGUAACCAGGUGAUGACCUCGUUUUCUGGACUUUCAACCUUCCCACCCCUUUGGGACUAAUAAAGAUUAGACAAACAAAAUGUAUAUAUAUCUAUGUUGUUUUGUGUAGAAACAUUUUUAAGGUUUACAUUCUUUUAUUGUAAUGUAUAUAAACCCGUGCCCUAUAUUUAUCAUCUUUUUAACGUGAUUUAACACUGCUAAGUGGCUGCAGCGCUGGAGCUUUACUGGCUUGCUGUGUCCAUCUUUCACAGAAGGAAGUUGUUCUAUUUGCUUUUAGUCUCAAAACCUCUGGAAUUUGUUCUCAACAUGAGUGAUGAAGUGUUCCUCAUUAGAGAGAUUGCUCUCAUUUAUUAUUGUUUGUAAUUGAUACACAUUAAACACACACACAAUCUUGCUUUGUCUUUUUAAAACCGUGUUGCAUGCAAAGGCCAUUUGUGGUUUGUUAUUGGUGUGACCCAGGCCAGCUAUGUGAAACCCAAAGGACUUCGCUGGUGCUUUGGGAGGCUGUGAAGCUCUGCUGAGCCUGUCCACAUCUGAAGCUCAUCUGUUUCUUUACAUUUGUUUUUACAUUCUUUAAACUCGCUAAAACAACUGGAUAUUUUAUAAUUACUUUGUGUUUUUUUUUUCUUUUUUUGUGGAGCCAUAACAAAUAGGUGUGACUCAUCUUAUGUCUACCAUGUAUAUAUGCCCUUUGAAACUGAAGCGGUUUGGAUUUCUUGCAUUUCUUUAUUUCUAUACAGAGGUAAAACACUUACCUACCGUUCCCUAUGGGCAGAUUCGUUUAGGAAACUUGGAUGGAUCUUUUCAGUGGUUUUAGUGACUAGAAAACUGUUAUUUGAAGCUUCUGUUCAUUGGGUGAAACAUCUAUACAUAACUUUUUUUACAUUAUUAUUUGCAUGUUUUGUGUUUUCCUUUCACAUGUACAAAUUGAUUACAGACUACACCAGUGUUUGCACACUUUCUUUUGACUUCUGGCACAUAAUUCAAUACCCCUUUUCCUAAUAAAAUUACUGUUGUGGCCAGAUGAGAAAAUAAUGUGUUCAGUCUGUAUUGUAUUUUCUGCAUACAAAAUACUACUCUCCUAAUUUUCUACUCUAUUGUAAAUAAAUGAUUUUUGCUUAAAUUGGUAGUUAAGUGGGGCAAUGCAGUUUAUAGUAAAUGCAUGAACAGUGCCAUCCUGGCUGAAUUGUGUGUUAGCUUGUUAGUCUGUUACAUAUAUUUGAAUUAUCAUGUGACAUGAGUGCAGGUGAAUACUUGACAAGAUGUACAAAUAUUGUAAACCUACUAACAACAUUACUUGGUUCUACCACAGUGGUUUUCAUAAAUUCGCAGGGCUAAUUCCUUUUCAGAAAACACUGUACUUUUCUUUCAAUCAGGACAAACUGAAAACAAAAAUAAAGUUUCUAUUUGUUUCUUUUUUUAACUUCAA